AUGGGCAGUUACGUUAAAGUCGAAAAAGAUCGAAUCCAAUAUUGUAAAGGUCAUCAAAGAGAAUUAAGGGCUGAUACUUAUAAAGGCCUCAGUGAUUAUAUGCAGAAUACUGCCGAUGAAGUUGGUGGACAAGUAGGUAAAACCGUUAUUCUUCCAUCAUCAUUUACUGGAUCUCCACGUUAUAUGCAGCAAUGCUAUCAAGAUGCUAUGGCUAUAGUAAAUGAAAAAGGAAAGCCUGAUAUUUUUCUCACGAUAACGUGCAAUCCAAAAUGGCCUGAAAUCCAAGAAAACCUUUUAUCUGGUCAACAAGCUUGUGAGAGACCAGAUAUUGUAGCCCGAGUUUUUCAUGUAAAGAAAGAGCGAUUAGUUGAUUUAAUUGUUAAAAAAAAAUUCUUUGGCGAAGUUGCUGAUCAUGUUCACGUAGUAGAAUUUCAAAAGCGAGGCUUACCACACAUUCAUUUAUUACUAACAUUAGCUAAUGGAUAUAAGUGGACUACUGCGGAAAUUGUUGAUAAAUUUAUAUUUGCUGAAAUUCCGAUUAAAGUAAAUAAUCCACAUUUAUACGACUUUAUACUAAAACAUAUGAUUCACGGACCAUGUGGCGAUUGGUGUAUGGAAAAUGGUAAAUGUUCUAAAAGUUUUCCAAAAAGUUUUCAAGAGGAAACAACUAUGGAUGAAAACGGUUUUCCGAAUUAUCGUCGAAGAGAUACUGGUUGUAUUCACAACAGAAUACACCAGGGCAAUGAAGUUAAUAACAGUUGGGUGGUACCUCAUUGUCCAGAUUUAUCAGAAAUGUUUGAUUGCCAUAUAAAUGUCGAAGCAGUGUCAAGUAUUAUGGCUGUAAAAUAUUUAUAUAAAUAUAUAUACAAAGGCCAUUAUGCUGCAACUGUUGUUAUUCAAGAUUCUGAAAAUGGUAUAGCUAUUUACCAUGAUGAGAUUUAUAAGUUUAUAAACACUCGAUAUAUUGGUCCUGUUGAAUCAAUUUACCGUUUAUUAAGUAAAACAUUACAAGAUAAAAGCCAUACAAUUAUUAGGUUACCUGUACAUUUACCUGAACAUCAAUUUGUCAUCAUUUCAAAUGCUGCGAAUAAUCCUUUAACGAUAGAAAAUCUAAGUAAUACAAGUAGCAUGUUAUUAGAUUAUUUCAAAUUAAAUUUAGAAAAUGAAACUGCAAGACAAUAUUAUUAUUCAGAAAGUCUACAACAUUUUACUUAUAAGAAAGAAAAAAAUGGUAAUUUAUAUUUAACUAAAUGGAGGACCAGAAAGAAACACUUUAACGUCAUCGGCCGUAUGUAUUCUGUUAGUCCAACUCAAUUUGAAUUAUUUCAUUUAAGAUCGCUAUUACUUCAUGUAAAAGGAGCUGUAAGUUUUGAAAGCUUGAGAACUGUUGAUGAUGUAGUACACUCUACUUUUGUCGCAACUUGCCUAGCGUUGGAUCUAAUUGAAAAUGAUGAAGAAUGGAAAAUGGCUUUAGAAGAAGGAACAAGGUGGAUGAUGCCCCAAAGACUUCGAUAUUUAUUUGUACGGAUUCUCAUACAUUCUCAUCCACUAAAUCCAGAAGAAUUGUGGGAUCUUUUCAAAGAUGCAAUGUCUGAAGAUUUUUCUCGAUAUCACGAAAAAAGUAUAAGUCAUAAAAUGGCUUACUCUGUCAUAAACACUUUAUUGAAUAGAGAAGGUCGUACUUUAGCUGACUUUCCUACAAUGAAUCAAUUAGUUGAAACAGAAUUUCCAAGUUCUAAUAAAACGAAUGAAACUAACCAUUUAAACUAUGUAUCUUCUGGAAUUCGAAUAUCUUUACAACAAAUGGCAGAACUAGGAGAGCAACGUUAUAAUACCUUAAAUCCUCAACAAAAACAAAUAGUUGACAUGAUUUUCGAUAGUUGA